CCCGCCCAGGUCUUGUCCCUUCUAGUCCUGGCCUUCCCCAUUCCUGGGGGCCCCCGCCCCUCCGACCCCCGCCGACCCGCGGUGGACUACAACUCCCGGCGUGCCGCGCGCGUCCGCCCGGCUGCACCAGGGCUUUGCGCGUGGCGGCCGCGGAGCUCCGCGCGGGGCAAACCUCCCAGCGCGGCCAUGCGGGGAGUUGCUGAAGUAAAGGAACCCUGCAGCCUUCCCAUGCUAUCUGUUGACAUGGAAAACAAGGAAAAUGGCUCUGUCGGUGUAAAAAAUUCCAUGGAAAAUGGGAGACCACCUGAUCCUGCCGACUGGGCCGUGAUGGAUGUCGUCAAUUAUUUCAGAACCGUGGGAUUUGAGGAGCAAGCUAGUGCUUUUCAGGAACAGGAAAUUGAUGGAAAAUCCCUGCUAUUGAUGACAAGAAAUGAUGUGUUGACAGGACUUCAGUUAAAAUUGGGGCCUGCUCUGAAAAUCUACGAAUAUCAUGUAAAACCUCUGCAGACAAAGCAUUUAAAGAACAACUCUUCAUAGUACAAAUUGGGGUCUUCGACCUCAAAAAAUACAUAAUGACAUAAUUUAGUUUCAUGUGAUGAAACUUUGUAAACAGAAUACAUACAUGUGUAUAUGUAAAGAAUUUCAAUCAAAUGAAACGUUAUCCUAUUGGAUAGACUAGGCAAUUCAUCAGCUGACCUGAAAUCAGCCAGGAGGAGCAAGGACAAGAUGCACACAGGGUGGUUUUCCUCAUGGAGUUUGUCAAAUAGAAUGAUCUUUGACACGAUUAGACACUCCUCCCCACAAAGGCUUUGAAAUCAUAAGGAUUUUCCUCAUCUCUUUAUAGAUUGCUUUCCCAAAAUCUUUAUAAAAGAAUUUAAUUGAAUGACCAUCUUUUGGUUACAGAUGUAGGAUGAGUAAAAACAAGAAAAUUGGGGGAGGGGGAGAAAGACGAAAGGGAUUGCUGUCUCCCUUGAAUUCCUCUGCUCCUUAGAGCUUGUGUUACUUGGAUGGAAUUGCCGACACCCUUUUUUAUAGAGGGUUCUCCACUUGACCUUAUUAAGGUUUUAUUGGGAUAUGCUGCAGUGUUUGAAAUGAACAUGCAUCAGCCCCUUCAGGAGCAGAAUCAUAGCUCUGAAAAGAGAAGCUCCGUUGUGUACUGAGGAUAUCCAUCCAUAUUCAGCUAGCUUUCAAAUGGGGUAAUGAUAUUUUCUGCAUAGAUUUUCUUUUAAAUUGGUUCUCUGUUUCUGAAGAAAGGAUUUUUUUUAACUUCAUGGUUUUAUUUAUAAUAAUUUGUUUCUGAAGAAGUUUGCUGAGAGUUACAGGUCAAAAAGCCUUGUUACUAGUACAGAAUAUUUUUAUAUAUAUUCCUUCAUGAUGGUGUAAUUUUUUUAAUUGUCCUAUGCUUUGUUCAGUUCCUGGGUUAAGUACUUGUUUUUAAGAGCUUGGAAAAAGUGGGCUUGCUACAUCUCUGUUCAAAGAGACAUUUGUUCAAUCUCUGUGUGUCAACGCCUUGUUGAAUUGGUGCUUUGUGUUUGCAAUAAAGCAUUGCUUCAGUUU